CUGCGUCGGUCUUAUACACACUGACCCGCUGUUCAUUAACACACGCGAAACACACCUAGGGCUGAAGAGGGAUAUGCGAGUUCACGCUCGGAGGGAUUCGACACUGAUUUCGACUCUUCUGAAUCUUUUCCUGCUGUUACAUGGAGUUUCCUCUUACACAGCAGACACCGAGUCCAGGGAGAAGAUCCUGACCUGCUGCUCACACUCUACCUGUUACAGAUGGAGAUCAGUCUCAGAUCAGUCAGGGUUUCGACACUGACUCUGACCCUGACUCUGACUCUUCCGAAUCUUUUCCUGCUGUUACAUGGAGUUUCUUCUUACACUGAGUUUGAGAUCUCGGUCCCCACGCGUGUACAGAUGGGUGUGUACGGCGAGGCGGUCCAUCUGUCCUGCGUGUUCCCAGUGAGCGGCUCGUGGGAUGCAAACAGCAGCAUGAUCAUGUGGCUGCACAACCUAGAGGUGGUCCACAGUUUCUUUCAUGGCCGAGACCAGCCUCAACACCAGAGCCAGACAUACGCCAACCGCACCAGCCUGUUCCACCAGGAGAUGAAGAGGGGGAACGCGUCCCUUAGGCUGGACCGCACCACUCUGGAGGACGCGGGGGAGUACACCUGCUCCGUCAGCACUCGGCUGGGCAGGCAGAGUAAGAGCUUCCACCUCAAAGUAGCAGCGUUCUACCCCGAGCCUCGUCUGCAAAUCUCUGUGCUGAGCGACGGCCACAUGGAGGUGCUGGCGACCUCAGAGGGCGGGUUCCCCUCUCCGUCCCUGCAGUGGCUGAUGGGAAACGCCAGGGACGUCACCAACCACACACACACACAGCUGAGUAAGGACUAUCACACAGGUCUGUACAGCGUGAACAGUAAACUGAACCUAAAUGUAACCGUCAACUCCUCCAUCACCUUCAUCAUGAAGAACCCAGAUCUGGACCAGACCAUCAGGAGGAGCAUCGACCUCUUCUCAGAAAAUGGAGGCUUUGACCAGAGGAGACAGCGAGCAGGACUCAUUGGGCUUUCUGUUGUUAUGUUACUAGCUGUGAUCAUUUCACUAAUUAUCCUUCAACAAGGAAUGAUGAAAAAGGAAAAAUCCCCAAAUACUUCAGAGACUAACAUCGAGUUAUCAGAAGCUUCGAUCCAUCAGACAGCAGCUGAAAAUCCUUUAACAGAUAAAGCUGAAAGUGUUAAAGAAUCCCUGAUGAAGGAAGAUCUCAGGCCAGGCAGCUAGACUAGAAGAAGAAAUGUAGUUUAUUUAUUAGACUUUUUUCUUAAGCUCUCCACCAACUGGCCUUCAGCAGAACAGUCAGUGAUUAAGGCAGAUGUGUAGAGUCACAUCUUCAAAUCCAUCUCCAUCCUGAUCUCCAGCUCCUGUUUUAUUCACUGCUGAAACUUUUUAUGACACUGAAUAUUUAGAAGAUUAAUGUUUCUAAUGGACAAUGUUAAGGGUCUGGUGUCUCCAUUCAGCUAUAACUGAAGAUCAAUAAACCUCAUCACAGUA